UGGAUCUGUCAGUAUGCAGUGACAUUGACAUUAAAUAUUAUCCCUGCGUUAAUUACACGACUGUGUGUGGCGUUAAAUAAAUAUUCACAUGGUGUUAUGUGUAGAUUCCUGCUAAAAUUAUUAUUUAUGUAAUAUUGUUUUGUCGCUGCAGUGCAAUGUUCAAUUUAAAUAUUUUAUGUAAAUAGUUUAUAUCAAACAAUAAUUAAAGAUUAAAGACAUUUUGUAUAAGUGCACAAAUAAUUUAAACUUAUUGAUGCGGUACUAUUGAAGCUGUCUAUAUUUUAAAAUCAAGUAGUUUAAAUCAGAUUUUUCGAAAAUGUCAAACUGGAUCGGUUAUGCUAUAUCGGUUAAUUGUGGUGAGCCUUUAGGCUGCUACCAAGGAACAAUAUUAGAGGCGGAUGGAAAUACAAUAACUUUAACGAAAGCCUUCAGGAAUGGCUUUCCUUACCCAAAGGCACAAGUAACGCUUAACGCAGCAGACAUUAAAGAUCUGAAGAUAAUAGAGUCCCGUGCCCAACCAAGUGAACAGACUCACAGUACAGUGGCCGUCACUAAGAAUGCCAAAAAGGCACAAAGAGCAACAGUUUGUAACCAGGCAGGAAGCAGCACCACGAGCCAGGGGGGAGGCGGGGCAGGCGGGGGCGCGGGGGCCGGCGGCGGGGGCGCGGGGGGGGCGCGCGCGCCGCGCAGUAAGCCCAUCGACAUCCAGGCGCGCGCCAACAAGAACAACACGCACGCCGCAGGAAGCUACGGCAACCCGAGCUCGACGCCCAAGAGCCGCGGCGGAGGCGGCGGAGGUUUCGGUAACGUUUACGACAAGGCGAGGCGGCGCAACGAGGCCUGCUUCGGCGAGCUCGCCGACCCCGCGCUCGACGACGACUUCGAUUUCGAGGGCAACCUCGCCCUGUUCAACAAGCGCGCUCUGUGGGAACAGAUUCGUAACUCGCACAAGCCCGACGUAGUGCGGCAGGCCGACGACGUGGGCAAGUUCCGGCACGACGAGAACAUCAUCGGUGGCGCCCCGGCCGCGCCCCGCCGCGCCCUGCGCCUGCCCGACGCGCUGCGCGGGCCCUGCGACUACGUCACCGACACCGGGCUCGUGCUGCCGGCCGCCGCGCCGCGCCUGCGCGCCCGCCUCUGGGCCGCGCUGCAGCGCGCCGGCCUGCGCGCCCAGGCACACGCGCUGCUGGCGCGCGCCGUGGCGGACGUGGCGCUGCGCCUGGUGGGCGGCGGCCGGCGCCUCGACCCGCGCAACGCGCACCAGGCGCCCACCGUGGUGGCGCUGGCGGGCCCGCACGCCACCGGCGGCGUGGCGCUGCUGGCGGCGCGCCUGCUGGCGUCGCACGGCGCGCGCGCCGCCGCGCUGCUGGCCGCGCCCGCGCCGCAGCCCGAGCCGGCGCUGGCGCGCGAGCUGGCGGCGCUGGCGGCGGCGGGCGUGACGCUGGCGCGCGAGCCGGCGGAGCUGCCGAGCCCGGACGUGGUGCUGCUGGCGCUGUACGAGCCGCUGCUGGACGAGCCGCAGGAGCCGUACGCGGGCGCCGUGCAGUGGGCGGCGCGGGCGCGGGGCGCGCUGGUGGGCGUGGAGCCGCCGUGCGCGGGCUGGGCGGGGCUGGCGGCGCGCGCGGCGGUGCUGGGCGGGCUGCCGGCGGCGCUGGCGCCGUCGCUGGGCGCGCAGUACCUGGCGGACGUGUGCGUGCCGGCGGCGAUGUUCGAGGAGCUGGAGGUGGAGUACCGGCCCCCGUUCGGAGCCAGCGCCGUGCUGGCGCUGCACCUGGCCACGGACGCGGACUGA